AGCCCGCUGAUUCAGCUCUUGCGUUCCUGUACUUGCAUCGUCAGUCUACGAAUCUUGCAUGCCGUACAUUUCGCCCAGCCGAUCUUGAUCCAGAAUAUAUCCCGCGUAUAGCAGUCACCUACGGAACGAUAUGUCUGUCGCAGCCCGGCCAGGCCAAAUCGUGCAGGCCAUCAUGGGUCGUGUUCUCCCCGGCGUAUGUAUUCAAGAUGUCCGCGCCAUGCCCUCCCAGCGGCACCAGAAGCUCUAUGGCGUCCAGUCAUCCGACGGCAGUCAAUUCCUCAUUACCUUUUCAACGUCCCGCAUAGCUAGGUCGCUUCGUUCCGAACAGGGGUCCAUCAGCUCCGAGGCUGCGGUGUUGAGUUGGCUUGCAGCUCUGAGUGUUGAUAAAGCCUCGACGCACGAGACAGAUCCCACUGCCGAGGUCACUGAGGCGGCGGGUCCUAGCCAGUGCAGUGAGGGGUGUAUGUCUACCGAUACAUCUAAUGAGGUUCCCUCUCAGCUCGCAAUAUUUAUACCCAUUCUAGUCGCACAUUUACCCUUACCUAAUGAGAUGGGGGUUGCCUACAACGUCAUGAAACCGACAUCCGGGUCACUUAUCGCCGGUAUCCAUCCUGGCCUCAGCUCUGGGGAGCGCAGGGCUGUGGAUAUUCAGAUAGGGCAGCUCUACCGAAAGCUUUGCCGCCUCGUCUCACCCACGGGACGAUUCGGUCCCGUAUCCGAGCUUUUACCCUCCCCAACGGUUCCACUCGCAGAGCAGCCAAUUCCAAGCGCUCGCUGCGCUGUACAUGGAACAUCGAUCAAACCCGGAGGGAUCAGUUCGUGGCCGACAGCUUUCCAUUCCAUGCUUGAGGCCGUGCUCCGUGACGGAGAGGACAUGGCCAUCAUGCUUGGAUACACAACCAUCCGAAGACAUUUCAAACGCCUGAAGCCUGCUCUCGAUGGCGUAGUGAGUCCUCGCUUGGUUGCGAUAGACAUCGGUAGUGACAUCAACAUGCUGGUUGUUAGAGAGGAGCAGCCUCCAGAGGCUGUGCCAGUGCCUCCCAGGCAGUCACCGGACCGUGAGGCGGGAGGUCACAAAUGCACCCAAAGUGACGGAGACGACGUGAAAGAAAACGACGGUCAAUGCAGUCGCCGAGUCAGCGACGGCGGUGAAGAUGCAAGGUUCGGCACGCAAGGUUGUGUGACCGUGAGGGGCAUGAAGGACUGGAGCAAUUUCAUCUUCGGCGAUCCACUCUUCGCCGCCGCAUUCAGCCAGGAUCCAAGCGAAGAGUUUCUGGAAGGGUUCAGGGGCGUGUCGGACAACGCAAAGGCCAGCGACCCCACGUUAGCCACGGUAUCUCUUCCAAGCCUGGUCGAGGACGAGCCCAACGCGCCCAUACGGCUGCUAUUCUACGAGUGUUAUCACACUGUUACACAGAUUGUCAGUGAAUUCUACCGUCCGCAGUGGGACAGUAGCCAGCGUGAGUUGGCUGCAAGAAAGAAGCUCAACAACGUACUCGGGCGGCUCGCUGAGGUAGGGGAUGUUGGCGUACCAUUGACGACUGAUUCUAAAUGACUUCGGGAGCGGCAAUAUGAGUGUUAAGGCGGAGGGAGGGAGGAUGUGCUUGGUGACAGUGCUGUACGAGAAGGGAAGACACCUCAUCCAACAAGUACACCGUAGUAAUUAUGAAGCGUUUGUUGAGAGAAUAGAGGGCCCGUGGCAUACCCACGUGUGACAGGGUGAUGCUACGUAUGGGGCGCUGUGAUAUGUGCUCCCUAUCUACCUAGGUACGGUACUCCGUAGUGUCAUCGCCUACCUCCCUACCUUACCUACCCUGACGUGUCCCUUCCAUCCUCGCUGCUAUCUUCGUCCCUUGGUAG